AUGGUUGAUCUAUCAUCUCAUCUCUUUCUUUUAUCGCUUUCAUUGCAUUGUUGUUUUAUUGCUUGCUUAGCUGCAAAUACAAAAAACAUCACAACUGAUCAAUCUGCUCUUCUAGCCUUCAAAUCCCUAAUUACUUCAGACCCUUAUGAUGUGUUGGCUAAUAAUUGGUCAACCUCCUCUUCUGUAUGCAAUUGGGUUGGUGUAACUUGUGAUGAGCGACACGGUAGAGUCCACAGUUUGAUUCUCCGAAAUAUGCGUCUUAGAGGUACCGUUUCCCCAAACUUGGGGAAUCUGUCCUUUCUUGUUAUACUUGACCUCAAAAACAAUAGCUUCGGUGGUCAGCUUCCUACAGAGUUAUGUCGGUUGCGCCGAUUAAAGAUUCUUCAUAUCAGCUAUAACGAGUUUGAAGGGGGGAUUCCUGCAGCGUUAGGGGACUUAUCACAACUUGAAUAUUUGUAUCUUGGCGUUAACAAUUUCAGUGGUUUUAUUUCCCAAUCUAUUGGUAACCUUCAUCAGUUGAAAGAAUUGGAAAUUGGUCAGAACAAGAUGUCUGGACCCAUACCUCAAACAAUUUUAAACAUGUCUUCACUUGAACAUAUCAAUUUAGCUGUUAACUACUUUUCAGGUGAAAUUCCAUCGCUUAACAACAUGACUUCUUUGAGGGUGGUAGAUUUUGCCUUUAACAAUUUAAAUGGAAGACUACCAAAUGAUUUUUUCAACCAGCUUCCUCAACUCAGAAAUUUUAGUUUAAACAACAAUCAAUUUGAAGGAAGCAUUCCACAAUCAAUUGGUAACUGUACAUCAUUGAUAUACUUAGAUUUAUCAUCAAACUUUCUCAUAGGUAUGUUGUGUUUUCUAUCUGGACAUAUUUACCUCAAAUAAGAUUCAUAAUUAUCAUUUUUUCA